CAGGCUCAGGACACCUCCCCUCUCUUGAAAUCUUUCAACUUCAGCUUCAGCUAGAGGUAAAGAAGGCUGAUCAUGAGGCCUCUUGGCAUGGUCCUGCUGCUCUCCCUGGCUCUGUGCUGCUUCCUGGAUGCUGCACGAGCUGAAGACAAAGUUCGAGAUGCUACCUGCUAUCAAGAUUUACCAGGAUGCCACAAAAACUAUGACCCUGUCUGUGGCACUAAUGGAAAGACUUAUGGCAAUGAAUGUAUGCUGUGCCUUGAAAAUAAGGAAAAAGGAACUCAUAUCCGGAUCAAAAAAGAGGGGGACUGCUGAGGAAAAAAUAUCCUGGAAUCUCCAGUGUGGCAGCAUUAUGGCUGGCCAUCAUGAUUCUUUAAUAAAUUUAUGGGGUUGAUUGUUGCUGUUUCUG